ACACGCUUCGCUCCAUUGAGAUCCAAGUUCCCUGCAUGAUUUUAGGAUUUAGGAACGGCCGAGUGUCGGCAUUGGAGGGCAGACGGGGAGGAUUGGAAAAGGCAACAGUGUGGACGGGAAGGUGUGCAGUGUGUUAUCGGAGACUUGUAAACCUGACCUGUGUGCACCAAGUGAGACGGUAACCUGAGUUCCAUCCCAGGGGUAUCCAGUAUGCAUGCUGUUGCCUCACAGCUUUUAGGCAGGACCAAUGUUGGAGGCAGCUGUUGCAACCCUGCUGUUGAAGCCAUGCUGCUCCUUCUGUGUCUUGGCUUCAUUCCCACAGUGGCCCCUUGCCCACCACACUGCCUUUGUGCCAGUGAUAUAAUUUCCUGCAGUGGGAGCAAUCUGUCCGCAUUACCCUUUGGUCUUCCUAGCUAUGCCACGAGGCUGGACCUGAGCCACAAUGCCCUGAGAGUUGUGCAUGUAGACUGGGUUUCACAACCGUUUCACUGGCUCACCACACUGGUUCUCAGCUGGAACUCCAUAAGCCAAAUCGAGGUGGCCGCCUUCAUUUUGACACCACAUCUCCUCCACCUGGACCUUUCAUCUAAUCAAUUGAGAGUCCUGAACUCAUCCAUCUUCACUGGGCUGACAGAACUGAAAGAGCUGCUGCUGAUUGGAAACCAGAUUGCCCAAAUAAUGCCAGGAGCCUUUAGUGAUGUCAAUAGCCUACAGAGACUCUACCUUUCUGUAAACAGCCUAACCACUUUCCCUCUGGGACUCUUUGAAGACCCUGGAGGACCGCGUAACCUGACCUUCCUGGACCUGUCACACAACAGGCUGUCCAAGUUACCUAUCCAGAGCUUGCUGUCUGUCAGCCGCCAUGCAGUAAUAUAUUUACAGGAAAACCCUUUGCUCUGUGACUGUGCAUUGAUUGCCUUGCUUGAAUACUGGCUAUGGAAACAGUAUCGUCCUCUGGUGGACUUCCAAGGGGAAUACCAAUGUAGAGGCACUGCAGUUCGAGAAGUAAGGUGUACACAUGGAGGUUUGUCGGAUGUACCCCUUGUGGCACAAAACUAUCAAGUAGAGCCUGGUGAAUGGCUAAGAGUGCCCUGUCCUGGGUUAAAAUUGCCUGUACAGGAAGGAUUGAUAGUCUUCUGGGUUACCCCAAAAACAGCAGUGAAUUCAACAGCAAGUGAUCCAAGUUCUCAUCUGUCAGUUCUUCCCAAUGGCACCCUUGAAUUCCAAGGAGCUCUAAUGGAAGACUCUGGCAUAUAUGAGUGUGUGGUGGCACGGGGACGCUACUAUGAUGUGGAGGAAUCUCCGGAGGCCAGAGUGAUGGUCGGAAACUCAACCAUUUCCUCCACCACAAGCUUGGCUCGUCGCAGCAGCGGCGAACAUUUCAACACAGCGUUUACCACCCUUGCUUCCUGUGUGAUAAGCAUCAUACUGGUCCUCCUUUAUCUCUACCUCACUCCCUGUCAGUGUCGAGAAAGCCGAGGUGGUGGCUCCAGAGGCUGUGGUGCACGGGCCAUCAUUCUCUGUUCAGACCCUAGAGAGGUAGAGUCGGGACAAAGGCGUGCCAAUGGAAAAAGAGUGGUGUUCUUAGAGCCUCAGGCUGACGACUCAGAUAUUAGCGUCCCCAAAACACCAGUUAUGACAUUGGACCAUGUUUCCAAUGAGGGAAUUCUGAAAAAUGGAAGUAGGACAGUGGGACACACCCUCACAGACCCCACUCACAUGACAUAGUGAGGGAAAAGCACCUCCUGCACAACACUGUACUCACAGUCUUAUGUUUUUCAAUGUGGAAAAAAGUCCAUUUGAUGUAUAGUAGUUCUGUAAAGUAGUUGUCCACUUUGGGUUGGGGACUUUGUCUGAAAUGCACAGAGUAGAAUUUAAAUUAUGUCUGAAAUCUGAUUUAUAUUCAGAGUUCAUAUGGAAAUGUCCCUGUUAUGUCAGAGAAUCGUUCCUGCAUGGAUCACAGAGAUCAUAGAAACAUAGGAGGGCUCUUUAAAUUGGGCCAAUAGGGAUAUUUUCACACCUGACUGAUGAGCUGAGUUGGUGGACUUUUACUGUUAUUAGUCUACAGUGUCCGGCAUGUGCUGUGGAUAAAAUCAUAGUUUUGUCUGUUCAUGUUAAUCUUUCACCUCAUGGAACAUUUUAAAUGUUCUUUUUGUUUUAGCUUUUUUGUAAUGCAAAUGUUGUAGAUCAUUAGGGAAACGUUUGCCCCUUUUUCACUGGCUCGAUUUGGUCCUACUCGAGUCCACUUGGCUCGCUUUGCGAGCGUUUCCAUUACUGUUUUUUCCGUACAGGUAUCUACUUUUUUGGUCCCUGCUCCUGAGUACAUGUGACGUGAACAGACUGCUGUUCACUGAUUGGCCAUCGGACCAGGAGAAAUGAGAAACGUUUUGUUGAGACAAUGCAAGGAAAAGUUAAUAGAACUCAAAAGCAAGUAUAAUAUUAAGGACCGCAGUGGCCAGAGCAGGUCAUACAUGUUAUUUUACCAUUUACAGAUCAUAAACCAUGCCUGAAGGCUGACAGAAAAUAAAAGGGAUAUAUCAGCUUUCCAAAUUACACGCAGGCAGAGCGUUGUAUUUAAUAACAUCCUAAAUCAGCUGAUCACACAUAAAAUCAGCUGUUCAGAGGCACAAACAUUUCCCCCAAAACCACAAUAAAACAACGUGUUUGGUUCGGACAUUUAUUGACGAACCAGCGUCUGCAGGAGGAGGGAGCAGGCAGAGAGCAGCUGCCCGUAAUCAGACUGCUUGCAUCGGAUGAGUCCGCUGAAUCUGUGGGGCACGAAUAUGUAACAUCCAACCUAAAACUAACUUCAAAGGUCAAAAGUCCACGGUUUUGCACUUUUAAGUUCUUGUCCUUGUUAUUGCCAUUUAUAAGACAAAAACUUCUUCAUAAAGCUCAAAAUUGUAACUUCAGGCUAACUUUAGAGCUUUACCAGUCUAGACAGCAGCGUCUCUCUUCUCUACUUCUCUUGCCAUGCCCACCGCACAUCAGAACCCCUGAGCCUUAUUUUAGAACUUCUGGCUGGGCUGUGGUCCAGAUAAUCAUCCUAGUGGAUCAUUUUAGGCAUAAAAAACAAAUAGGACAUUCUUACAUUUACAUUAAUACAAACGUCAUUAGUAUUUAGUUUAUUUAUGUUUUUAUUUUCUAUUUAUUUUUUAUUAUUUCACACAGAUUAAUGUAACAAUGUAACACAGUACCGUUAACAGCAGCACAGCGCGCUGCACUCAUGGCUGGAGGCGGGGUUUCAGCCACCAUAGCUUCAGCCAUCGGCGGGUCAGUGAAAACACAACAGCUACCGGUGCAGAGCCGCUCCGGCUAAAACAAGCCAGUGGAAAAGGUGUAUUUGAUAUUAGACAAAGACAUCCCGAAGUUGUAUAUGAAUAAAUACAUUAUGUAGUUUUCAAAUGAUGAUUUUAUUAAUGGAAAAAGCUAUCCAAACCAGCUAGGCUACAACCUUUUAGUGGAGUAAGUAAAGACCCCAUUAACCUAAUAACUGCUGUGUCACUCUUGAUGGAAACAACUGCCAUCAAGCUUUUGCAAUAACUAGCACUGAGUCUUUUAAAUAUAGACAUUUUUUUUAUAAGGUUCUUGAGCAUGAACAACCUAUGUGAGGUCAUUAGGCAACAUCUCAAUCAGAUUUAAGACCGGCCGUUCCCUAGGUUGCUCCAAAACCCAUAUUUUUUAAAAGAAAAAAAGCCAUUUAGAAGUGGACUUGCUGGUCUUUUGGAUCACUGUCCUGACCAAAAACAAAAUGUUUUCCCAAAAGUCUUGGGAAUCACCAAAAGGCUUUUUGGCUAUGGAGGUUGUCCUUUCUUUACAGGGAUUCUGGCCUUGCAACUCUCCCGUGGAUGCUGUUUUUGCCCAGUCUUUAUUUCUUAGUGUAGAAUUACGAACACAGAACUUAAUAGAAUUAAAUGAGACCUGCAGUGUUUUAGAUGUUGUUUUGGGUUCUUUUGUGACUUCCUGAAUGAGUCGUUGAUGCAUUCUUGGAGUAAUUUUGGUUAUCUGGCAACUUCUGGUAAAUUUCAUGGCUGUUCCAUGUUUUAUCCAUUGGUAGAUAUUGGCUCUACAAUGAUGCACUAGAGUUGCAAAGCCAUAGAAGGGCUUUUGUAACACUUCCAGACUGAUAUACGUCAGUGAGAUUGUCAUCUGUUCUCAUCGGGGGAUGAUGUAUUGCUUUUUGAGAUCUUGUAGCUUACCUUGCAAUGUCAGGUGGUUUCGUUUUAAAUGCUUUCUUGAUAAGGCAGGUUUGGGAAGUAAUCGGAACUGGGUGUAACUAGUGAAACUAAAUUCUACUUUCCAAAAAAACGUGCUGAAAACAGUACGUUCAAGAUACUACCAUAGGUGGAAUUACUUUUUCACAUGGGGCCAGGAUUUUGUAGAGAGGGAAAUAAUAAAUGAAAUCAUCCCUGAAAAUUUGCCUUUGCAUUUUUAAGUUGAUCUUUGAUAUAAACAUUUGCUGGAUGGUCUAAAACACUGGCAACUAAAAGGCUGGCAAAAAAGCAAAAACUGUAACGGGGCAAAUACUUUUUCACAGAACUGUAUUUAUAUACAGCUGCUUUUAACUGGAAACCUUACAAUUUUCUUUCUUGGCUCAGGAUAUCUGAGUCCAUUUAAUGUAACAAUAAUUCAGUGUUGACUCAGAACUACACAUAAAGCUUAUUACUAUGCAUAAAAAUGGGCCAUUGACUCUCAAAUGACAAGUUCUCAGUGAAAAAAAGUUGAUUGUAAAUGUCCAUGGUAAUUUGUGACUGUGAUGCCUGCAUUACAUAGAAACAUGAGGAAAAUUCUGGUAAAACAUGGAGGAAUAUUUAUUUUUUGUAUUAAUGUGCAUAUGGGCAUAAAGACGGCCUUUUAUGAAAAGUCAGCAUUAAUUUCAAAGCUGUGUAUUUCAGUGGGAAAUUUGACUCCUAACUGCAAGCACCGAAAAAAGUCAAUUUAUGUCAGUUGUUACUGUUAUGCUUAAAGAAAUUUGAAAUUUGUAUUUCCACCACCAAACAUUUUCAUCCUUAAACUAUUAAGGUUUCCACUAGUUUAAGCUGUUAAUUUCUCCUUUGCUGUGAAAAUUGGACAGCAAAUGGUAUUGUCAAGUUACGUAAUGGUCCUAUGUUAUUCUCUAUAUACACUCACUGGCCACUUUAUUAGGUACACCUUCCCAGUACCGGGUUGGACCCCUUUUGCCUUUGAUCCUUCGUGGCAUAGAUUCAACAAGGUACUGGAAACAUU